AAACCCUUUUUUCUCUCUCCCCAUGGAUUUCUGAUUACUACACAGACCCGUUUUCUUUCCCUUCCCUCCCAUGGAUUUCCGAUUCUGAUAAAUCAAUCAUGACCAUCGCUUCCCAUAACUCUUUCAAUCCGUAUAUGAAUGCAACCUUUCACAGGAUUUCAAUGGGAGUGAAAUGUUACGUGAAAAGAGAUCCUCCUCAGAGUUAAAGAAACGUUGUUUCCUUUCUUUAAAGGAAUUUGUUUCAGAAAUUCAAAGAAAGCCAUGUAUGGUAGAACAGGUCUUGAAAGGUUCAAAAAGGCACAAACUUUAGAACCCUUUUCGGUAGCAAAUAAACCAACGACCACACAGCCCCCUUCUAAAGCCAUUUCUCAUUCAACACAAUUACAUUCCCAUUCUGAUAUUCCAAAUCAGCAAACCCAACACCAGAACCAGCAGCAAUUUUCUCAAAAACCUGCAGACAAUGCAGGGCUGGUUGCCACUGCUCCACAGCAAGUAACACAAGUUGGUGGUGGGCAAUCUACUUGGCAGCCUCCUGAUUGGGCUAUCGAACCCCGUCCUGGUGUUUACUAUCUUGAUGUUUUGAAGGAUGGUGAGGUUCUUGACAGGAUUAAUCUUGAUAAGCGAAGACACAUCUUUGGGAGGCAGCUUCAAACAUGUGAUUUCGUUCUUGAUCAUCAAUCAGUGUCGCGCCAACAUGCUGCUGUUGUUCCUCAUAAAAAUGGAAGUAUAUAUGUAAUUGAUCUAGGAUCUGCACAUGGCACCUUUGUUGCAAAUGAGAGAUUGACCAAGGAUUCUCCCGUUGAGCUUGAGGUGGGACAAUCUUUGCGCUUUGCUGCUUCGACUAGGGUUUAUAUCUUAAAAAAGGAUAAUGCAGCCCUUUUCCCUCCUCCACUGCCAACAGCCAUUAACUUGCCCCCGCUCCCUGAUCCUUCUGAUGAAGAAGCCAUAUUAGCUUAUAAUACAUUUGUAAACCGUUUUAAUCUGUCUAAAUCCGAAGUUGUAUCUAUAUCUGCUGAGAUUUCUAGCUCUGUGGGUGGAAAUUAUGCCAGUCAUGAGACAGAAAGACCUGUUAAGAGAAUUAAGAAGACAAGAGUGGCAUUUAGAGAUCAAGUUGGGGGAGAGCUGAUUGAAGUUGUUGGCGUGUCUGAUGGUGCAGAUGUAGAGACAGAGCCUGGUCCAAUGGGUGUCAAAGAAGGUAGUAGUCUUGUUGGGAAGUAUGAAUCACUUGUACAAACGACAGUAAUACCUAAAGGGAAGGAAUCUUCCUCCGUAAAGGAAGUUAGUAUUUCCCCAAAAGGUGUGACUGAUAAACUACAACAAGUCCUAAAUAAAGUUAAAGCUCCUGCCAGAGGUGGAAUUUAUGAUGACCUUUAUGGAGACUCAUUAUCUAGCAAAGUGGGUUCUUCCUGGGCAUAUUCUGGAGGAAGGGAAGCUUCUCCAGCAAAAGAUGAUGAAAGCAAGCCUCCUGGUGCUGCAACUGGUGCUGUAACUUUAAGGCCAGAGAGUAAUUUGGGCAAUGAUGAUAGUGAUGAUGAUUUGUUUGGCUAGCCAAGACAAGGAGAUGAACCUUGUGGAUGGUCAGUGCUAUGAAGCUUAAUUAUGGUGAGUUGAAGGUUCAAUGUUUUGUGCAAAAACAUAGGUGCUUUGUCCUAUUGCAAAUUGACAUUUUUUGUUAUAAUAUUCUGUUAUCUAUUUUUGCCCUGGACCUGGAAUUUGAUUACUACCCGUGAUUGUGGGUGUGAAUCUGUCUUACUGAGAGGAAAUGAAAAACAAAUGUUUGAUUA